UCCGCUCGAUGAGAAGAGAGAAUGAAAAACAGCGAGGCUGCUGUUGCUGCUCGUCUGGCCCACUCGCUCUCUCUGCUAGUGUUGAUCGGAUCGGUUACUGUUCUGGAGAACGACAGGAGUGCCCCAAUACAACCAUUGACGUGCCUCCUCUACCUGAGACUCUAGACACUUGCAGCGUGUUGGCUCGUGAUUACUAUGUGGAAGUAGCAAUUCUCGUUCCUAAAGGACGUAUCCUCCAUACAUAUUUUCCAAUAAUUAUUAGUUCUGUGCCAUUGCACCCUUCAUCACAAAUCACUGGUUAUGUUGCCAUCGAUAGCCGAAGUGGCCGACCUCCACUGCCUGUUCCUCAGUCUGCAUAUGUCACCCCAGUUAUGUUACCAUCACAAUUCACAGGUAGACAGAUCUCGUGGAUUCGUCCUGCUACUCCAAUCAGACCUAAUGAACGUGUCACGCCGAGACCUCCUGCUCGGAGACCUCCUGCUCCUCCUCCUCUACCCACACCCUAUAUUCCUCCUCCUCCUGACAGGCCACCUUAUGACGACGACAGAGAAAAUCUACCUCUUCUAAGUCUAACUACGGAGGUACACCACUCCUACGGUACCAGACUGAGACAUAUAGUACAGAAAGAGAGAAACACGAAACACGUAUAAAACAAUCACACUUCAUACCAUAACGAAUAUUUAUGUGGACUGCUAGUUGACUUAGCUUUUGGCG